GUCUUCUGACUACUGAUGGCUCAAGCUUGUCGUCGAAAGGAGUUCUGGGCAAUCUGCUGGUUGGGGUCCAAAAUGGCGGGUAGUUUGAACAUUUCCCGCGAGCAUAAAGAAGAUGGAAUUGUACAAAUUUUAGAAGAUGCUUUUACAAUAAAGAAAAUUGAAAACACCUAUCGACAAAUAAAAAUUAAGGAUGUAUCCCAAGAUAUGGAUUUUUCUACAUGUUUUGUGAAAGGUGUGUUGGUCACAGUGUACCCAAGUCUCCUGACAUCCAAAGGCUUGGUGAUGAAACUUUCUAUCAAAGAUGCGAGUUCUGGCCCUGACCCAGUAGAAGGCAUCUCAGUCUUCCUGAGGGGAAAAUUUGUUGAGAAGUGCAAGAUAAUGAAGGAAAAAGACGUGCUUAUGAUUACAGGAGCAAAGGUUGAAAGUUCACCAAGGGAUGGUCAUCAAUUUGAAAUCAUUGGUGACGAAAAAAGCUGUAAAUUUCUUAGAGUAUGGGUUGUGCGAAAUCCCAAUUAUAUGUACACUGCUACUGGUGCUGUUGUUCAGAGACCUUUGUUUGGUACAACAGACUGUGCAGCAAUUGGCAGUGUAAAAAAGACAGGAACUGAACCACCAAGCAAAAGAAGCAGGCUUAUCCUACAACCUCAAAUUGUUAAAUAUACAAAGCUGGCAGAUAUACGGGUUAACACCAUUGUUAAUGUAUUUGGUGUGGUGAAGUUCUUUAAGAGCCCUUUCAAGACCAAAGGAUCUGAUUUUGUUUGCUCAUUGAGCUUAGUUGAUUCCUCUCUGGCUUCCCUUGAAGAAAGUUUUAAGUUGGUACUUUUUUCAAAGUCAAAGGAAAGGUUGCCAUUCAUUAGAUCUAUUGGAGACAUUGUACGUUUUCAUAAUGUUGCUGUUGGCAAUUUCAGAGGAGAGAUGCAAGGAAAGUUCUUGCCUACAUCAACUUGGCUUGUAUUUGAUGUAAAUAGCACAGAUAACUAUCAACCUCAGGCAUCAUCAUUGAAAUCAUGCAAUUUGACAGAACAAGAAAAAGACGCAAUCAAGGAAUUACUAUUGUGGGCAUCACAGAAGGAAUCUCUUAGCCAGAAGUUUGUCAUUACUAAUCUGAAAGACUUGAGUACAAGUCAGACAUUUGUAAACCUUCUCUGCCAAGUUGUGUCAAAAAGUUACACUGAAGCAAGCAAGGGUGUCACUUUGACUUUAUGGGAUGGAUCACUCCCUGCCUGUCAAUCAACUUCAGUUGAACCUGUCAGUGAACAGGGACAACUUAAGUCAGAUGAGCUCAUUCGGAAGUCAGCAGACAAAUUUGUGGAAGUGUUUCUGUAUGACAAUCAUGUGGAAGGUGAAGUCAGAAAAGUCAGUCCUGGUGAUUUGGUUUGCAUCAGAAAUGUUCAUAUCAAAGAGCUGGAAGCCGGUGCUGAUAAAACAACAGAUAAGCCUGAGUUGGCGCUGUCUCGCCCUCAUGUUAGUCUCAUUGUACAUGGAGGUACGAUAUGUGGGCGUGGCGUGGAGAUUGUGUCAGUGAGCAAUCCCAUGGUCUCAGUAAGUUCGGUAAUGAAGUUGAUUGCUAAAGCAGAAGCAUCAGCCACUUACCAGCAUACAGCACAACAAUCAGAAGGCACAGUUGAUGUUCAUGAUGGGUCCAAAACAACUGACAGUUGUGAAAUUCAACAAGAAAAGGAUAAUUUUAACAAACAGAGGGACAGUAAAUCUUUGAUCACAAAUGAAGUAAACCGGGCACUUCAGACAUCAUGUACAAUAACAGAGCACCCCUCUAUUCCAUUCAGUUCUUUGAAAGAGAUCAAGACAUGCAAGACUGUUCCGUACAAAUUCCGCUGUAGAGUCAAGGCAGUGAUGUAUUUACCAUCAGAUGUGAAGUCUUUCACACAGCGAUCUUGCCAUUCUUGUAAAUACUUACCUCAAGGAAGUACUAGUUCUGUUUGUUCUGCCACUGUCAAUGAUAUCACCCCAUGCUCUUUGUGUGGUCAGGAGAUGACUCUUUCUUAUUUGUUUUCGUUUGUUCUUGAGGAUGAUUCUGGCCUUCUCCAUGCAAUGGUCUUUGAUAAGGAUGCAAAAACCUUCUUUCCUGGUCUCCCACUGCCAGAGGAAUUUUCAGCUCAGGCAUCUCUUCAGGAAACUAUCCAGGAAUGGAUGCUAUCCAUGACAAAUAAUCCAAAUAACUCCAUAGAAUGUGUGAACCAAGAUCCAAAGGGUGAUAAAAGACCAUGGUUAGAACUCUGCAUAUUUUCAUAUCUCCCUGAUGAAGAUUGCCAAAAGGUUCAGUAUAGAGUAUUUGAUUCUACAUUCGUUCAUGACAAUUGAAAAAGUACAGGAAAGACCCCUUUUACCAUGCUAUGUGACAGUUUUCUAAUUAAUCUUUCCAUAACAUUGCUGCAAAAAUGCACAGUUUAACUUCGCAUCGCAUUAGCAGAACAAUGGUCUAUCCACAGUGGUUUGUUUUGUUGUUGAUUUUUUUCCACUAACUUUGUAAUUUUUCCUGAAUAUCUGAAUGUAGACAGUAGAGGAACAGAGGUACGAGGGUAAAGUUCCUUAUGAUAAUACCAGUGUUAAAGAUUGUAAGCUAGAGUCACACUGAUGUAACCUUCAACCUGUUGUGUUUCAAGUUUGCCAAAAAUAUCUGAAAUUUCAUUUUAGGCCUUGGAUGUUAGCUGUACCCUUGGGCUUACAUUUUUCAUCAUAAAAGCCAUUUGUUUCUUGAAACAGACUUUGGCCAUAGACAAAUAUAUUUAUGCAAAUACAUUGCAAAAUUGAUCUCAUUCAUCUCUGUGACCCUUUUCCACCCUAACAUCAGUAUGCAUAUUCUCCAUACUGUCCUAUAUACAUUUCCCUUGGUGGUGACAAGAAUUUAACAAUCAAGAGCUUCUUCAUCUCAUUUGUCUCUGUGAACCUUUUACAC